AUGAAGCUGUCAAUCACACUUCUUGCACUAGCACUAUGCCUUCCGACUAUCACUGGACUCGCAUGUCCGGCACCCCUCCGCCUCCAAAAGCUACUCGAGGCAGAAAUGGGUGGAACUCGCGAGAGUGAAAUGCCCCUUCUCUUGCCUUGUUGUUACGAUGGUUUGACAGCCCGAUUGGUUACUCGCGCUGGCUUUGAUGCCACUUUCAUGACUGGAUUUGGAGUUUCCGCCGUCAAUGGAUAUCCGGAUACUCAGCUUAUCUCGUAUGGUGAAAUGCAGUCGGCGACUGCUACCGUAGCUGAAGGCUUGUCUAGUGCCGCAUUGGAAAUGGGCCGAGAUCCCAUUCCUUGCAUUGCCGAUGGGGAUACUGGCUAUGGAAAUGCUGUCAAUGUCAAGAGAACCGUCUUUGGAUAUGCUAGAUCAGGUAUGGCAGGAAUUAUGAUCGAAGACCAGGUGGCUCCCAAGCGCUGUGGUCAUGUAGUGGGCAAGUCUGUUGUUGGCUUUGACGAGGCGGUGGCUAGGGUAAAGGCAGCCUGCGACGCUCGAGACGAGUACAAUGGCCAGUUUGGAGAAGGCAUGGCUCCACUCAUUCUUGCCCGGACGGAUGCUUUGAAAUCUGAUGGUUUUGAAGCCGCCAUUGAACGAUGUUUGGCCUUUCGGGAAGCAGGCUGUGACAUGACCUUUUUAGAAGCACCAGAAUCGAUUGAACAAAUGAAAGAGUACUGUGAACGAGUGGAAGGCCCUAAGUUGGCCAAUAUGUUGGAACAGGGAUCGACACCAAUAUUAUCUCCACUAGAGCUAAAGAAGUUGGGUUACACCAUGGCUGCCUAUCCAUUGACACUUUUGUCCGCGUCCAUCAAGGCAAUGACUGAUUCCUUGGAGAGAAUAAAGAAUGGAACCCCUACGGAUGAUGUCAUUGUGUCCUUUGUCGAAACCAAGGAUGCUGUUGGAUUUUCUAGCUACGCCUCCGAGGAGCAACGCUACAAAACUGAUUAG